AUGGAAAUUGAAGAGCUGCGCCAAGCUCAGAAAUCUGAGAAGAAUCAAACAACAAGGAUGACGAUAAAGCUAAGGACAACAACAAACAUUUCCGAUAAGGACAAAGCACAUACAGCUCAGCCUAAUCAACCCCAAGGUGUGAUUAAUUGCAUAUCUGGGGGCUUCACCGAAGGUGGAGCAUCAAGUUCUGCUCACAAAUACACUUACCAAACUAUGCUCGCUGUAGGGAGCACCAUCAACAAUCAUCAAACUUUGCCCACCUUCCCUAAAAUGACGUUCCAACUGUCUGAUUUCAAUUCAACCGAACUUAAUUUAGACAACCCAGUUGUCAUCUUUAUUCAAAUGGGAGACCUAAUCGUUCAGAAAGUUUUGUUAGAUCCAGGAAGUAGUGCCGAUGUUCUAUUUUAUUCCACAUUUCAGAAAAUGAAGUUGAGUGAUAACAUACUGCAGUUAUCCACUAGAGACCUGGUAGGAUUUUUAGGUGAACGAGUACCUGUUUUGGGAUCAGUAUGGUUACAAACCACACUUGGUGAGAGUCCUCUAACCAAAACUUUAGAUGUUCAAUGCCUUGUAGUUGAUUGUUUUAGUCCUUAUAACUUUAUACUUGGCCGAUCUGUUUUGAAUAAGUUCUGUGCAAUUAUAUCUACAAUUCAUCUCUGUGUUAAGUUUGAUGUGUAG